AGUCAAAAGAAGAAUAACCGAAGAUGAGCGAUUUGGAAACGCUGUCAGCAGCAGGGAAAUAAGUGCGAUUUGGUUAUGCUUUUAAAAGCGAAAAUUACUUGGAAAAAUUUACACAAAUCUGCACCAAAAUUGUCGGAAUCUUUAGUAAAAGCGUUGGACUUGAAAUUACAGUAAUUUUAAAAGUGUGGAAAAGGGAUAGCUCAUCGGAAAAUCGGCGAAAAUAUUGGAGGCGCUUCAGAAAAAACAAAUUGCUCUAGUAUCGAAACGAAUGUCAAAAAAAAUAGAAAAUAACAAAUGUGAAUGUAGCGAAUGGGGUGAUUGUGCUGUGAUCAUAUAAAGAAAACGAUCCGUGGACUGAAUGCAAAGACUACACUUUACAAGACGGGAAUGGACAAGAGCUAGAUGGGAGGAUCGACAAACUGUCUGUUCGGUUAAAUCUUUUUAGAUUCACAUCAUCAAGUUGCGCACUGCCAUUAAUACUAGAGAUCUUAGGGAUAGACAAAUUAAAAAUUAGUCCUGCAACAAACAAGCGGAUCCUGGUAUCAGUAUCAGUGUGAAUCUGCGUCCAUAAUAAAAUUAAGAUUAAAUAGUAAUAGAUACAUUAAAACCUAUACUGAAUCCCUGCAGUCCACAUUGGGUCAGAGCAAAACAAAUAGCAACGAGCAAAAAUACAAAUUUAGUUUUGUAAUAGGCAUACAUAUAACGCACUAAAACAAGGCAGAUACUGGAACAAGACAAGAACCAAGUACAAUAUGUCAAAUAACUACCAACACCACAACAAUUACCGUGGAUCAGGUACAUCACAAAUGAAUGGACUACGGCCGCAUCACCUGCAGAACGGUGAUUGUGGUGAUGAUGGUGACUGCUAUCGCCGCGGUGGUGGCUCAAGUCGACACACAAAUGGCUACAGCGUAAAACCAUUAGGUAAUGUUGCGGUGCCUGACAUGUGUACAUUUUGUUUCGAGGUGCUAGACUGUGAGCUUAAUAAUUUAGAGGGUCCUGGGACACCCAAGUUUACAAAUGAUGCUUACCCAUUAUUUGUUACUUGGAAAACAGGACGCGACAAGCGAUUACGUGGUUGUAUUGGCACUUUUAGUGCUAUGCAUUUGCACAACGGGCUACGCGAAUAUGCACUAACGAGUGCUUUGAAAGACUCGCGUUUUGCCCCCAUCGCCAGGGAAGAGCUGCCCAAAUUGACUGUGUCUGUUUCGAUUUUGCAGAAUUUCGAAGAAGCACACGGGUAUCUCGAUUGGACAUUAGGCGUACAUGGCAUACGUAUUGAGUUUUUUAAUGAACGUGGGUGCAAAAGGACUGCCACUUAUUUGCCGCAAGUAGCAACUGAACAAGGUUGGGAUCAAACCCAAACUAUUGACUCUCUACUCAGGAAGGGGGGAUACCGUGCAGCAAUCACCCCAGAAACCCGAAAAUCAAUCAAAUUGACGCGUUAUCGUUCGCAGGAAAUUCAAAUGAAUUACAAAGAGUAUCGUGAAGUGUUGGAGCGUCGGGCACUAUACGGCAAAGUACAAUGCUAACAAACACCGAAAACGCGACUAUACCAACAACAACAGCAGAAACAACAGCAACGCAAACAGUGUCAGCUACAACAGAAACAACAACAAAAACAAAAUCACACUAAUAUGGUAGUAUUUCAAAACCACAAUUUAAAAAACAGCAUAAACACGGGAAAUACGUUGGUGUCCAACAAUGCCAACUACAGCCACAACAAGAAAUACCUACUAUACUAUAUAAUAGAUAUUAUCAUUAUUAUAAUUCUUAUUAUAUAUAGUUUGCUAGCAAUGCUAGCCACAAAAAAAAACAACAAAAAUAAUAAUUACGGAAGACAUUAGCAGCUAUAGCGUCAUUAAUAAUCGCGUUUUCCAAACAAUAAUAAUUUAAUGAAAGAAGAAAAACAAAAAAUUAUGCAUACAUAUUUAUAUAUGUAUAUGUAAAGUUGAAAUAAUCAAAAAUCAAAUUUUAAUGCUAAUUAAAUUACUAAUAUAUUAUUAAUUGUAUUUGUAAGGCGGAUGGUUAAUAUUAUCCACUUAGCGAUGACGUGCUUCUAAAUACUAAUACAUAUUAACUUUUAAUGAAGUAUAAUUUGCAAUAAAUUGAAAUAUCAAUAGCUUUUUUAAA